AUUGUUUUACAGGUAAACCCCAAAAACAAAUCAUCUAUGACCCAUAAUGCACUAACCUAUCUUCACUUUGUUUGCAUUCAUAUCAAAUUCUUUUUUUUUUUCGAUUUAUCUUUGUUUUUUUGUUCGUCAAAUAUGCAAAAUUUUUGAACCUCUCCUUUUCGUGUGUGUGUGUGUGUAUAUAUAUAGUUUUAAUGCUUGAAUGUGAAUUGAAAAGCAUAAAAGAUUAUAAGCCUUUUAUAUAGUGAAGUAUUGAUUGGAUUGGUAACAAUGGAGGAAGUGUCGGAUAUUGAAGCAGCUGAAACUCGGGCUGAAGAUCAGUUCAAAGCCAACGCCAUAUUUAAGGUUACAAAUCAACAGGUUGUUCUAAAGUUUAUCGAUGUGGUGUAUACGAUCAAAUUACGGAAAGUAGGUAAAUUAUUCGAAAAAAAUCCGAGUUCUGAUGAUAAUAAAGUGAUCUUAAAUGGGAUCAGUGGGAUGGUUCAACCAGGGGAAAUGUUAGCCAUGCUUGGUCCAUCAGGUAGUGGCAAAACAACUCUAUUAACAGCAUUGGGAGGUCGUCUAGGAGGUCACCUAAAUGGCACCAUAACUUACAAUGGCAAGCCAUUCAGCAAUUCAAUGAAGCGAAAAACCGGAUUCGUAACUCAAGAUGAUGUCCUUUACCCUCAUUUAACCGUGACCGAAACCCUCAUUUUCACCGCUCUACUUCGAUUACCGAAUAGUUUCACCAAACAGGACAAGAUCAUGCAUGCUGAAGCAGUGAUCGAUCAACUCGGACUAACAAAGUGCAAAAAUAGCAUAAUUGGUGAACCAUUCUUGAGAGGUGUUUCGGGUGGGGAACGUAAAAGGGUUAGUAUAGGUCAAGAAAUGCUUAUAAACCCGAGUUUGUUGUUCUUAGACGAGCCAACGUCCGGUCUGGAUUCGACCACGGCUCAACGGAUCGUGUCUACAUUGUUGGAUCUUACUGAAGGUGGAAGAACAGUUGUGCUAACGAUACACCAACCAUCGAGUAGGAUAUUUUACAUGUUUCAUAAGGUUUUGCUGUUAUGUGAUGGUAACCCUCUAUAUUUUGGACAAGGAUCGGCAACCAUGGAUUAUUUUUCAAGCAUUGGAUAUGUACCAUCAGUUGCUAUGAACCCUUCAGAUUUCCUUCUCGAUCUUGCAAACGGUGAUUCACCAAAUGAGCUAAUGAAGGAGCAAACCCUGGUGAAGAAAACAUUGAUUGGUGCUUAUGGGAUGAAAAUUGCAGACAAACUAAAGGAAGAUCUUCAAGAUAUGAGCAAUGAACCAGCUCCUGAUGAAUUGGAAAACAAGAAGCUUGCAAUGUGGCCCACAACUUGGUGGCAACAAUUCAUUGUAUUGCUUCAAAGGGGUGUAAAAGAAAGGAAACAUGAAUCAUUCUCUGGUUUGAACAUUGCUGAGGUCCUUAUUGUAGCUGUGCUUUCAGGUUUAUUAUGGUGGAAAAUUAAUAUUUCUCACUUGCAAGACCAGAUUGGACUCCUCUUCUUUACUUCAGGAUUUUGGGGUUUUUACCCUCUAUUUCAAGCCAUAUUCACCUUCCCUCGAGAACGUAUGAUGCUCGAAAAAGAACGAUCUUCGGGGACAUAUCGGCUCUCUUCGUAUUUCAUUUCAAGGAUCACAGCUGAUCUCCCUAUGGAACUUAUUCUUCCCACAGUUUUCAUCACCAUAACAUAUUGGAUGGCAGGGCUUAAACCCACAGCAACCAAUUUCUUCCACACAUUAUUUGUACUUCUUUUUAGUGUCCUAGUCUCUCAAGGCCUAGGACUAGCCCUUGGUGCCAUGGUUAUGGACUUAAAAUCGGCCACCAUUCUCGGUUCGGUCAUCAUGCUCACUUUCUUCCUCGCCGGGGGUUACUACAUCCAACAUGUCCCACCAUUCAUAGCAUGGAUCAAAUACAUGUCCAUUAGCCAUCACACAUACAAACUCUUGUUGGGGUCUCAAUACAAGCCAAAUGAAACAUACCCUUGUGGUGAUCAUAUGAAGACUUGCUUGAUUGGUGAUUUUCAGGGUAUAAAAUCUGUUGGCCUCAAUGGGCAAGUUGUGUCUGCCGUUGCAUUGGCUAUUAUGCUUGUUAUGUACCGAUUGAUUGCUUAUUUGGCCCUCAUGAGAAUUGGAGUCACUAAAAAACUAGAGAAUUAGAUUAACCCUUUUCUCCAUUGUUAUGCAUAAAAUCAAGAAAGGGGACUCGGAUGAAUUGAAUUAGAAA